AUGGAGGCUGAGGCGGGCGGCCUGGAGGAGCUGACCGACGAGGAGAUGGCGGCUCUGGGCAAGGAGGAGCUGGUGCGGCGCCUGCGGCGGGAGGAGGCGGCGCGCCUGGCGGCUCUGGUGCAGCGCGGCCGCCUCAUGCAGGAGGUGAACCGGCAGCUGCAGGGGCACCUGGGCGAGAUCCGCGAGCUCAAGCAGCUCAACCGGCGCCUGCAGGCCGAGAACCGCGAGCUGCGCGACCUCUGCUGCUUCCUGGACUCGGAGCGCCAGCGCGGGCGGCGCGCCGCGCGCCAGUGGCAGCUCUUCGGGACGCAGGCAUCCCGGGCGGUGCGCGAGGACCUGGGCGGCUGCUGGCAGAAGCUGGCCGAGCUGGAGGGCCGCCAGGAAGAGCUGCUGCGGGAGAACCUGGCGCUGAAGGAGCUCUGCCUGGCGCUGGGCGAGGAGUGGGGCCCCCGCGGCGGCCCUGGCGGCGCGGGGGGCUCGGGCGCUGGCCCGGCACCGGAGCUCGCCUUGCCCCCCUGCGGGCCCCGGGACCUGGGCGAUGGCAGCUCCAGCACCGGCAGCGUGGGCAGCCCUGAUCAGCUGCCCCUGGCUUGCUCCCCAGAUGACUGA